AUGGACUUUCAAAACUACACUACAAUAAGUCCUUUGGUGACAUGGCAAAACAGAAGCAAUCCUGACUACAUUACAACAAGUCCUUUGGUGACAUGGCAAAACAGAAGCAGUCCUGUUAAGAUUAAAACAUCUCUGGCCAAGCAUGACGUGCACAGGAAGUGGAACAUCGUCAUUAUUUCAGCUGUAUCAGCUGUCGUCUGCUCUUUAAUUUUUGUCGUCAUCAGUUUGACUCUUUGGCGGAGAAGACGGACGGUGAUCCCAAGAAGUUCGGAAACUGAGAGCGAAUCUAGAGUACCAGAGUCAUCCUCUCAUACUGAGGGCGAAUCUAUAGUACCAGAGUCAUCCUUUCAUACUGAGGGUGAAUCUAUAGUACCAGAGUCAUCCUCUCAUACUGAGGGCGAAUCUAUAGUACCAGAGUCAUCCUCUCAUACUGAGGGCGAAUCUAUAGUACCAGAGUCAUCCCUCUGUGUAUCCAAGAAACAAAUCGCUCCAAAAUCAUCGGAUUCAGUAAUUACUCCUGACAGUAGAAUAAGUCACGUGAAGGAAUUAAGUUCCGGUCAAAGUGAGGCAACUUCCGGUGACUCGAUAUACGAUGAAGAUAUUAUACAAGAAAUGCUUAGGAUUAAUUUUGCAGACAAAAUUGACAGUCAUGGAUACAUGUAAGAGAAUUUUGUGGAACAAUAUGUAUGAAUGUAUGUAGCAUAAGGGCAUGUUUUAAACCAUUUCCUCUGAUG